AGAGAGAGAGAGAGAGAGAGAGAGAGAGAGAGAGCGCUGCAAUGGCGAUGGAGACCGAAAAGGAAGUGGAAAAGAGAUUGAUGCAGAAGAUCGCUAGAAUUUUCGACGAAACGCGGGCGUCGAAAGCCACACACAUCCGGAAGCUGAAGGACCUAUCCGCCCUCCGAUCGUCGUCGUAUGCGCUACGGUUCUUCUCGGCUUUCUCCAAAGCCCUAACGCCUCUGUUCAACUUCAGCCGAAAUAAUGCCUCCACGGAGCGGAUGGUUCGGUUCGUAGCAAUAUUUGUGUGCUCUCGCGACGCCAAGAAUGCCUCCGUCUGUGAUUCCUUUCUGGAGGCGUUCCUGCAGUUUCUCCUCGUUGCCUCCGCCUCCGCCAACAAAAAUGCGCGGUUCCGGGCUUGUCAGAUAAUUUCUGAGAUCAUAAUGCAGUUGCCAGACGGUGCAGAAGUGAGCAAUGAAGUUUGGGAUGAGGUGAUAGAAUGCAUGAAGAUCCGGGUUGGUGAUAAGGUUCCUGUUAUUCGUUCCUAUGCUGUUAGAGCACUUUCACGAUUCGUUAUUGAUUCUGAGGAGAGUGACAUUCUUGACGUACUCCUUGAGGCAUUGCCUCUAGAACAGAAUCCGGAGGUUCGUAAGGCAAUUGUACUAUCUUUGCCUCCUUCAAAUGCAACAUCAACAGUCAUCAUUAAUUGCACAUUGGAUACAAGUGAGUCUGUCCGUAAAGCAGCAUACUCUGUUUUGGCUGCUAAAUUUCCUCUUCACAGUCUCAGCAUCAAGUUCAGGACAACAAUUCUCCGGAGAGGACUUUCUGAUCGUUCUGAAGCUGUGACAAAAGAGUGCCUAAAACUACUGAAAGAAGACUGGCUUCUGAAGUGUUGCAAUGGAAGUCCCAUUGAGCUUCUGAAGUAUCUCGAUGUAGAGACCUAUGAAUCAGUUGGAGAAUCAGUAAUGGGGGCUCUCUUGAAAUCUGACAUGGUGAAAGUAGUAGAUGUUCGAAGUAUUAAAGAAUUCAUUGUACGCGGCAGCAAUACAACAGAAGGACACUGCUCCCCAAGCAUCCAACUAAUGGAAGCAGAAGUUGCUCUUUAUUGGAGGACUGUGUGUAGGUACUUGCAGAUGGAAGCACAAGUGAAAGGUUCCGAUGCUGCUGCAACUAUGGGCACUGAAGCUGCAGUAUAUGCUGAAGAAUCUUCAAAUUACAAUGAUCUUCUGGAGAGAGUUCUUCCUGAAACUGUUUCCGAUUACAUAGAUUUGGUUAAAGCUCAUCUUGAUUCUGGACCAAAUCACCGAUAUGCAUCUCGGCAACUACUGUUGCUUGGUGCUAUGCUUGACUACACCGAUGCUACAAACUGGAAAGUUGCUAGCAAAUUUGUGCAGGUGUUGCUGCAGAGGCCUCUUGAUUGUGAAGUGGAUGAACAUGGCCAUAAGGUUGUUAUAGGAGAUGGCAUUAAUCUUGGUGGAGAGAAAAAUUGGGCUGAUGCUGUGUCACAAUUGGCAAGGAAAGUGUAUGCUGCUUCUGGUGAAUUUGAGGAAGUUGUUCUAGGCGUUCUAGAGGAGUUAGCCCGGCCUUGCAGGGAAAGAACAGCUGACUUUGUGCAGUGGAUGCACUGCCUUGCUGUGACUGCUGUCCUCUUGGGAAAAACGAAUUCUUUCCAUUGGAUGCAAGGAAAGACCAUUGAACCAUCUGAGUUAUUGCAUUCUUUAAUUCUUCCAGGGGCAAAACAUGUCCAUUUGGAUGUUCAGAGGGUUGCCACAAGGUGCCUUGGUCUUUUUGCACUAUUAGAGAGGAAGCCAAGUGAAGAAAUAGUGAAACAGUUGAGGCUUUCUUUUGUCAAGGGAUCAUCUUCAGUUGGUGUAAUGGCUUGUAAGGCACUGUUUGAUCUUGCAUUGUGGCAUGGUCCUCAUGAAGUUGACAAAGCCAUGGGGCAAGAUCUCUUGUCACGACUGAGGGAUCAGACUACAGUUUCUUGUCCUGUUAAAAUAUCUGACACGGAUGCAGAUUUGAAUUUUGAAUUGCUCGAUCUUUUAUUUUCUGGAUUUGAUAGAGGUGAUUGCGAUGAAUCUGCAGAUGCUGAUGAGAGUGAAUCAGUUAAAGCUGUUCUUGGUGAGGGAUUUGCAAAGGUCCUUCUACUAAGUGAGAACUACCAGGGCAUCCCUCUCUCUGCACACCCGUUUCUUUUAACCAAGCUCAUCAGACUAUAUUUUACUGAUGAAUCUAAAGAACUCCCUAGGUUGAGACAGUGCUUGUCUGUGUUCUUUCAGCAUUAUCCAUCCCUCUCGAGUACUCACAAGAGAUGUUUGUCCAAAGCUUUCAUUCCAGUUAUGCAUUCUAUCUGGCCAGGAAUCAAUGGAAAUGCUGGGGGAUCUCCUUUAGUGGUUUCAAACAUGCGUAAAUGUGCUGUUCAAGCUGCACGUUUUAUGCUGCAGAUGAUGCAGGCUCCUUUAUAUGACAGAGAGACCAAAACAGUGGAUGAAAAUGGUGGCAAAAACUCUCCAGAAACCGUUGAUGAUUCAGUGCAUCCUUCAAAAGACUUUGAGAAUGGGGAGGAAGGUCUUGCAAUACGUAUUGCUGUGGAGGUUGCAAGCUUCAAUAUGACAAAGAAAGCAGCUGAGAAAGCAUACGCUUCAGCACUGUGUAGAGUACUUGUCCUUCUUCAUUUCCAGUCAUCAGAACAAAGUGCAAUAAAGUUAAUGAGGAGGCUCUUGACUCGUGUGGCUGUAUCAGUACCUUUAGAGAAAGAAAUUGUGAAUGAGCUAAAGCGGAUGGCAGAACGUCUUAAGGCAGAAGAUAGGCAUCCAGACUGCAAUUUAUCAUUGGACGAAGCAAAUAUUAUUUUAGGGAGGUUGGAGCUGGACUUUAAGCUUGAACAUGAUGACUUCACUGAAAUUCUGCCCACCCCAGCACCACGAUCAGCAAGACCAGCCCGUUCUAGAAGAAGAGUGAGGCAUGAAGAAUCUUCCUCUGAUGAUGAGAGUUCACCCACGCCAGUUGUUCCUGUCAACCCUGGCAUGGCAAGCACCCGCUCACAGAGGUUAAGCAAGACUGCAGCUCUCAGAAAGAUCACUGCCAGUAGAGAUGUGAAAAUUAAUGAUGAUAUUAGCGAAGAAGAUGCCUCGGAGGUGACAUCUGAAGAGGAGUCUAGCGAAUGAGGUCAGUCCGCUGGAUGGCAUGGUUGACACAUUUUUUUUUUUUUAAAUAUUUUUGGAGCAGCUCUUGUUGUAAUGUUGGUUAGUACAGGUGACUAGGCUGCAAAGUUUGUGAAAAUAUUGUGAUGGAAUGUCUAAGUUGAGUACCAACAUUGCCUUGCUGGUGUUCUAGUUGACAUGCUGUCAUUUGAAAACGUAACAUUAAUUCUCUUGUUCUUCAAUUCUGUCUACUGUAAAGUUGUAAGAUACUAGUUGUCAAUAUAUCUCAGUUCUGGAGCUGAGUUACACAUAAAUGUUUUUUGUAAAAACUGCCCGACAAACUAUCUUGCUACUGAGAUUUGUUGUUGCGCCAUGUAUUGAAUUUCUUGCCGCGCAUUGCUUGCUGAUGUG